UAGGAUUUUUUCCCACGUGUUUCAAUAGAAUUUCUAUUUGUGUCAAGCCAUUUUUAAAUUCUAGUUCAGUUUUAAGUUAGUCUAAACUGUAAGUCCUGAUAGGAUUUUGAGUUUUUGCAGUGUUCAAAAUAAAUGUAUGAUACAUGCUGUAUUGGAGCAGCAGUGCUACUUGGUGUUUUAUCCAGCAAUGACUACUGAGCUAAAAUUGAUAGUUAGCAUUAUUGAGUUUUUAUUUUACACCCUCAUCACUCCACAUCGCUAUGUUAUGUUAAAGCCUGUAUGUAAGGCACGUUAGCCACGCAUCGACAGUGGUCAUAAUUAAUAGAAACCUAGCCCUCCGCAGGGCUAACGUUACGUGAGCUAGUAACAGUAACGUUAAUCUUAUUUAUUAGCGCUUAGCGCUCUACAGCUUUAAGUUGGCGGCUGUUUACUAACGCUGCCUAGACGCGGCCGAGGCUGUCAUUUCGCAUCUAGUUCAACAUACAUGUGAUCUCUAUGAGACGCAUCAGACGCUACCUGCUACCAACGUAGCAUCGUGCGGGCUAGUAUUUAGCAACGUCGGCGUCGUUUGUAGCGGCUGUCGGCUGCAGUAAGUUUUUUUUUUUUUUUUGCUUCUUCCUCUACGCACGUGACAUCAGCGCGUUGUCCCGCAUUAAAAGUAGUCCAAGCAAAACGUGUUGCUUAGAGCUGUCAAAAUAAACGAUUACUCGAGGUGAAUAAAAUUACUCGGAUCAAUUUUUAAACUCGAGUUACUCGAGUUGCUCGAGUAUUCGUUUCAGCUCUAAUAUAGUUUUAUUAAGAUCCAUCAACUAGCAUGGGCAUUUAGAAUGGGGUCAACCACAUUGGAACACCCUGUAAAUGCUUAACAAACUGUUAACAAAUACUUCACAAAUCAACAAUAAAUAAUUUCUCAACAGUUUACUAAUGAUCUAUUAAUUAGUAAAACGGAUAGUUAUUAUAAAGUGUUACCAAAUUUUCCUUCCCCCAGAAAAUUAAGAUUUUAAGCUUUCCAAUGAUUUAUCACACAUACACGUCGGACAAUUUUGAAAGUUGGCCAAAUUGGGGGGUCUCAGAGAGGAACUUCAAGUCACCUGAGUGUUUUUCGCCUUAUAUAUUUUAGUUUAAAUGGAUUGUAUGUCCAUCAGUGAUAAAUCGUCCACACGAUUGGACGCUGAUCUACUGUACUCUCAUUAGUUUGUGCAGGUGUACCUAAUGGAGCGUCCACUGAGUGCCAAUGACAAUGGAGCAGGCGGACGUAAAAAGAAAAUUUUUUAAAAUGAUGAAAAGCGAGGAGAGGAGUGCAAUCGGUGGUGGCAGCUCUUAAUUACAACACGGCGGCCCGCUUUAUCAGAAUCCCCUCACCUCGCCGCUCUUUGUCAGAGGGUAUUAGGGAAGGAAGACACACAAUCAGGCUUUUCAUUAAGGACCCGCCGCACAAAGGGCAGCUUUAACAGCUGCAGAGAAAAGAAGGCGGGGGAGUAGAAGAGGACUGAGGGCAAGCAGAAAAACAGGGAUUGAACAGCUACUUGUGAACCCUUGUUUGCUUCUCAAUAUCUGAUCAAAAAUACAGACUAAAAUAAUCAUUGGUUAAUUUUUUUUUGGACAGGUGACCCGUACCCUCUCCAGAUCAUCCCUACUACAAUGGCGGCGGCUGCAGCUGCCACGCCAGGUCUGGGACCCCUUCAACUACAGCAGUUGUACGCGGCUCAGCUGGCGGCCAUGCAGGUCUCCCCCGGGGCCAAGCAGCACGGCCUGGCGUCCCAAGCCAACCUGGGCACGCACUCCCCGCCCACCAACGCACACGCGCAGAGCGACAAGGGCCGUAGCUCCCCGCAAGCUAACAAGACCAAGGACAGUGAGGGCGCACAGCCAUUGAACCUGUCGGCCAAGCCUAAGGCAUCCGAGAGCAAGUCACCCAACUCCCCCCCAACUUCCCCACAGGUCCCCGCUGCCGUUGCCGCUGCCGCCAAGCUGGGCCCCGCCGGCUCCCUGAAGCACAGUGUCGCCCCCUCCAGCAUCGGAGGACCUCCGGCUAGAGUCAGCUCAAUAGCAGACUUGCUGUCAUCGCUGUCGUCGGGAGCCUACCUGAACGACCACGAGGCCGUGACCAAGGCGUUCGCUGAGGCCCGACAGAUGAAGGAACAGCUCAAACGGGAGCAGCAGGUGCUGGACGCUAAAGUGGCGGCCGUUAGUAGCCUCGGACUCAACAACGGACGUUCCGACAAGGACAAGGCGGCCUUGGAGAGUUUGAGUCAACAGCUAAAGCAGCAGGCCGAGGACAAGUUCAGCCAUGCCAUGCUGGACUUCACCAUGAGCGGCGACUCGGACGGCUCCCCGAGCGUGUCCGACUCGCGGAUAUUCCGCGAGGCCCGGGGUCGCGGCACCAGCGAGCCGCACAUCAAACGCCCCAUGAACGCCUUCAUGGUGUGGGCCAAAGACGAGCGGAGGAAGAUCCUGCAGGCUUUCCCUGACAUGCACAACUCCAACAUCAGCAAGAUCCUCGGUUCGCGCUGGAAAGCCAUGACCAACCUGGAGAAGCAGCCGUACUACGAGGAGCAGGCGCGCCUCAGCAAGCAGCACUUGGAGAAGUACCCCGACUACAAAUACAAGCCGCGGCCUAAGCGCACGUGCCUCGUGGACGGCAAGAAGCUGCGCAUCGGCGAGUACAAAGCUAUCAUGCGCUCUCGGCGACAGGAAAUGAGGCAAUACUUCAGCGUGGGGCAACAGAGUCAACUACCCCUUUCGUCGGCGGGCGUAGUCUACCCAGGUGCCCUCUCCAUGGCGGGCAUGCCGUCGCCGCAGAUGCCCUCAGAGCACUCCAGCAUGUCGAGCAGCCCCGAACCCAACGCCAACCACCACCACCCCCACCACACCUCGUCCCACAUGGGCGGGCUGAAGGGCGACGAACCCCGCAUCAAGGAGGAGGAGCUUCGGUUAGACGACAGCAACGGCGACGUCUACGACGACUUCGACUACGAAGACGAGGAGGCCGACUACGCUAGCGACAACGAGAAUCACAUCGCCCAAUAGGCGGAGUUUCCCGUCACUCGCCCCGCCCUUUAUCCCCCCCCAAACCCACGAGAGUCCCGAUACCAGCAUCCGACCAAUCAGCUGAAGCGUAGGACCGCCACCCACACUGACUGUUACACAAUCUGGGAGGAAGACAAAGCCAGCCGGCCCUUGUUGCCGAGGAGCAUAAAAGACGUCACUCCGGGGAAAAAAAAAAAAGUCGCAAAACAGCGGACCUGUCACGGGCCGAAACAGACGACACUUUAAAGACGGCGGACCUUUUUUUUCUUAAGACACUUUUUAAAAAGAGAAAAAAAACUGCUUUUUUUCCCGUUCUCGGUUCUAUAAUAUUCUCACUCAGGUACACGGUGCCAAUAAGUGGCUUGUGAAUGUGAUUUGUUGUUUUUAUUUGUGCUAAGUUUGAAUAAUAAUAGGAAAAAGAGACAUUUCUUUUCCCUCCCGGUUUCUCGUGAAGCACCUGAAAGACACCACCUUUAGUUUCAAGAAGAAAAAAAAAAAGAUCUAUUCCUGGAGAUUUGCAGUUUUUCAACCCCCCAUACCUGCGCCCCUUACACGACAAGGACGUUGAGGGAUUCUAUUUGUUUUUUGUUUUUUUAAUUUAUAAUUUUAUGGGUGGGCUUGACGACAAGAAGCACUGUGUUUUGCGAGACAAUCCACCCGCUCAUCUCCGCGAACAGCAGUGCGACAUGGUUUGAACCAUGCAACCGCGUGUGUGCGUGUGUUAGCUCUUAAAAAAAAAUGACAACUAACUGCUGUUUAUCAACUGUCCCACACACGCACACACACAUUUUGUGUUUUCCCCCUGCUGACCUCAGCGGGCCGCCAGUCAGUGUUUCCGUUUUGUAUUUGAAUACUGUAUUUUUAUUAUUUCUCUAAACUGCCUCUAUUCUAAUCUUAACAAUAAUUAUAAGGAUGGUCAGCUAUGUUUAGUAAGUUAUGUACAGUAUAAUUUAUUUUUCUUCUCUAUAUCGGGUUUCUAUGACUUUAUUUUAGCUUGUAGUUAAUAGAUCCGAACGACACCCUUGUUUUGUUUGGUUCCUUUUAUUUUUAUUUUUGUCUUAAACCUCCGCAGGGUGGGGUCCGCAAAACCCAUUUCUAAAAAGCACUCAGACUCUAGUCAGAGAAAAGAAGAACAUGAUAUUUUUAUUAUAAUUAUUAUUAAGUUUAUUUGUAAUGCUUAUUCUUAAUGUAUAAUGUGAAGAUUUUGUUUAGUUUUUUGGUUUUUUUUAACCCCCAAUGUUUACUUGGACGGUUAUGCAGUGGAACAUCAUUGGCUGGCACCCACACACGCGUGCACACACACUUAAGAGAUUAUUCAUGACAACCAAACAAGUCCUAUGCUGUCUUUUCCUUUUAUUUUCUUGGGGUUUUUUUUACAUUUAGAUUAAAUCUGUACAUAUUAAUGUGUUUCCUUUUUGUUUUAAUCAUAGGAAAGCAGUGUUUACCCCACCAAUGGUGUUCCGCUGUGUGCACGCGGCGUCUUAAACUCCAUAAGGAGCCUCUUUUAUUUCUUUUUUUCUUUUCCGGGGUUGCUUUUUUUGAGCUUCACGGAGCCAUGACUUCUCAUGACUUGACUUUGCUGUACAGCCAGCCCUGUUAUCACGCUACGAUGCUGGAAAGAGGAGGGGAGACGGGUGGAAAGGCGGGGGGGCGUUAGGACGUCAAUCAUCCCUGCUGGAAAGGUCGGGCCCCCCCCCUCGUCCCCGUAUCGAGACAAUGAAGAAGGCGAUCGUAUUAUUUAAGACAAUCAAAGUCAUGUGUGGAGCUCAAAACUAAGUGAAUUAUAACGUAAACAAAAAAACAAAAAAAAUCUGACCAUCUCAACUUGAAAAAUCAAGAAAGAUAAUUAUGUAAAUAUAACAUAGAGUUAUAGAUUUAUAUUUUGUUCAUAACACAGUGUAAUAUAAGUUGUAUAUUUGUUGUUUUUUUUCUUCGCUCCUCUCUCUUCCUCUGUCUCUUUUAUUGAUGUUUAUCCAUGCCACAGGAGUCGCGGUACUCUCACACACACGAGGAAAAAAAAAAAAAGAAAAUUAUUAAAGAAACAACGCAAAAUUAAAGAAAAAGGAAAAAAAGCCGUGGGCUACCACCACCAUCUGUUCUAAGUUCACUUUUUUUCAGUAUUACUGCCAAACGAGGCUCUAAUAAAGACAGCGAUGUGUUCGGUUAACUUUUGUGUCUCUCCUCAUCACUUCUACAUUAUUACGAUUGCAAAAUGCACAAAGAGAAAGACAGUUCUCUCAAAGCAGCUUCCUACUUGUGUUUUGCAGGUUAGCAAGUUCACACAAUUUAAUGUUAUGCUAACACUGAUGCAGGUCGGACCUACAGUAGCAAAACCAAUGGUGUGUCCCCCACAUCCAAAACUAUGAUGUCUUUUUAC